AUUGAAUGAAAGUGCACUUGACGUUAUCUCACCUCAAAUUAUUAUCAUUUUAAUUUUAAUUACGAUCAAGAGCGGUAAGAACCUCAGUUUGUUGCCGGAUUUGGCGAGGGAAAGUGUUGCGUCGUAAAAUAAUAAAAAUUUGUGUGCGCUGUAUUUCAUUACCUCCCGAUAACAAUGAUUAUUUCUUUCAGAAAACCCCUAGUCAAGUACCUCGUCAUCGCCUUAACCACAACCAUAAUCCUCGCAAUCCUCGGCACCAUCAUCUACUUCCUCGUCAACCCCUCCACCGUGUCCCCCAGCAGCCUCAAGGGGGCUGUCGUGACCAACGGCCAUGCAUGCGCCCACAUCGGCGCCUCCAUCCUCACGAAAGGGGGCACAGCAGUCGAGGCCGCAAUCGCCGCCUUGUUCUGCGAAGGUGUCUCCAUGCCCCAGAGCAUGGGCCUAGGAGGGGGCUUCCUGAUGACGAUCUACGCAAGUGGGACUGCGUACUCGUUGAAUGCCCGCGAGACAGCCCCCAGCGCCGCGACCAAAGACAUGUUCAACGGGAGUAGCGCCUUGUCGACGAAAGGGGGCCUCGCGGUGGCAGUCCCCGGGGAGUUGAAGGGGUACUGGGAGGCGUACCAAAAGUUUGGGGGUAAGGUAAAAUGGGGGGAUUUGGUGCAACCCACAAUAGAUUUGUGCGAAAAUGGGAUUUUGGUGACGGAAUAUUUGGAGAAGUUGUAUGCAACACAAUUGGAGAAGUUCAAGUUGGACCCCUUAAUGGCUGAGACUUUCAUCGACCCCAAAACUAACCUAACUUAUAGGAAAGGACAAGUGGUGAAAAGGCCCCAACUUGCAAAGACUUUGAAACAGGUUAAGGUUUUUGGGGCUGAUGCUUUAUAUAAUGGAAUUUUGACGAAAAAAUUCGUGGAGGAUAUCCGUAACAAAGGGGGGAUUAUCACCGAAGAGGAUAUGCACAACUACGAAGUUGAAUGGCAGGAACCAAUUCGUGUCAAAAUGCCCAACAAUAAGACCCUUUAUACAGCCCCCUUGCCCGGCUCUGGGGUCAUCCUCAGUUUCAUUAUGAAUCUAUUAAAGGAUUUUUUGGAUAAUUUGCAACCUUUUUCCGUCACCAAUUGGCAACGAAUCAUCGAAAGUUUCAAAUUUGGGUAUGGGAAAAGGACCGAGUUGGGGGAUAGUAACUUUGUCGAUGUCAGAAAUUUGGUCUCGAAUCUCACUUCUCCGGAUUAUGCGGCCAAAAUCCGGGGGAAAAUCCGUGAUAAUACCACGUCGCAGGACCCGACGUACUAUGGGGGGAAGACUGUGCAACCUGAUGACCAUGGUACUGCCCAUAUUUGCGUUUUGGGACCCAAUGGAGAUGCAGUGUCCGUCACCAGUACCAUCAAUUUAUAUUUCGGUGCCGGUUUCAUGUCACCCAGCACCGGAAUCAUCCUCAACGACGAAAUGGACGACUUUUCAUCCCCCAACAUGAACAACAGCUUCAACGUGCCCCCCUCGGAAGCCAAUUACAUAGUCCCAAAUAAACGACCAUUGUCGUCCAUGGUACCAUCAAUCAUAGUAGGGGAUGAGGGGGUCGAGUUGGUAAUAGGGGCCGCUGGGGGGACCAAAAUCACCACAUCUGUAGCCCAAAUCACUGUUAAAAACUUGUGGUUUGGGACUCCCAUAGGGCAAGCAGUGCAAGAAAAACGGAUUCACCAUCAGUUAUACCCGAUGGAGGUUGAGUUCGAGAAUGCGUUUAACAAUGAUCGCGAUUUAGUGAGGGCGUUGCACAAAAUUGGGCAUGAAUACAGUAUUGCAGGGCCGGGGUCAGGGUUUUCUGCAGUGACUGCGAUUUCGAGGAAAGGGGGGGUUGUGGGGACCGCUAGUGAUGUGCGAAGGACCGGUGAAGAGAUUCUUGUUUGAUAAUGACGAUAGUUAGGUAUUUAUUAUGAAAAUUUAUUUAUUUGCAAAUAAAAUUGAUGAUUUUUUAA